AUGCAUCUUUCUAAUGCCGUUUCAUUGACAGCCUUCAGCGUCUUUGAUCUCGCCAUAGCAGCAGCCUCUUGCACGUCGGGACAAUGGGUGAACCUGGCCCCGAUUCCGACGCAACCCCGUCAAGAACAUGGCACUGUCGCCAUCGGAAACUCGACCAUCGCCAUCCUGGGUGGCAUUGUUCCAUUCGAGCAUGGCAUACAAACCACCGACAUCCUCCAGCUGUAUGACAUCGUUUCGAACUCGUGGCGCACCGCAUCUCCUGCCCCCUACCCAGUCAACCAUCCGAACCUCGCCGUCGUCGACAACACCCUCUACCUCCUGGGCGGCUUGGUUGACGGACCCUUGUCGCCCAGCAUGAUCAUGAACUGGGUCGCUUCCACAUCCUCUCACGCGUACGAUCUCGCAACCGAUACGUGGACGGAGCUAGCCCCCAUGCCGAACGGUACGGAACGAGGAAGUUCCAUCAUGGGCGUACACGAAGAGAUGAUUUUUCUUGCCGGCGGUAUGACCGUGCUGCAGGCCGAGUACCAGGAUGCGGUGAACAUCGUCACCGCGUUCAACACAACCUCGGGAACCUGGCAGAGACUCGGCGCAGAGGCUGCCGAGCUCCCCCAGAGCAGACAGCAUGGCAGCGGUGCGGUCAUCGGUGAUACAUUCUACGUCGCUGGUGGACGACUUCUUGGGCAGGAGAAUACCCGGGACACGGUCUUUGAGCUGGACCUCGCCAACCAAGACGCUGGCUGGCGCACGAGCAGCGGCCAUAUGUCUGUUCCCCGAGGCGGUCUUAGCGGCAGUGCGGUGGGGUCCAAGUUGUAUACCUUUGGUGGAGAGGGCAGUCCGACCACACACACGGGGCUGUUCAAUCAAUCCGAGGUGUUUGAUACCGUGUCGCAGCGAUGGGAAAGCCUUGCACCCAUGGCCGUGCCGCGUCAUGGUACUCAGGCUGCUUCGUUGGGCGGUCGGAUCUACAUUCCGGGCGGUGGACUUCAGCAGGAUGGCAAGAAUGUCACGAUCGAUGGAGUGACGGCCAUGAAUCGCCCUACGUCACAUUUUGACGCUUAUUGUCCUUAA